CAAUUGCCCAGUAAUCUCCUCUUGCGCAAGGUUGGGCCUCGAAAGCUACUGAGCUUCUUCGUCAUCUCCUGGGGCGCAGUGCAGCUGGCGAUGGGAUUCGUGCACGAGUGGAAAGCACUGGCGUUCUUGCGCGCGCUCCUCGGUGCGCUGGAAGCGGGAUUCUUUCCUUCCAUGGUGUAUCUUAUUAGCACCUGGUACACCCGCCAUCAGGUCCAAACCCGGUAUGUAUCAUGCCGCAGCUUGUCCGCGCCCUUCUGCGUCGACCGACCUUGAGCGACAGACUGGCGGUGUUCUACGUUAUUGCCAGUCUCCUUGGCAGCCUCAGCACUUUUUUUGCUUACGGCCUGAGCAAGCUUGAUGGGACACUGGGUGUCUCUGGGUGGGCCUGGAUCUUCGUGAGCUUACUUGUGCAUCCCCUUCCACGCGUUCCGGCCCCUCAAUUAAGCGUGCAGAUCAUCGAAGGGGGGCUGACGAUGGCAUUCGGGCUGCUGGCCUGGGUCAGUUUGCCUGGCUUCCCGCACGAGAAGAAUGGGUUUCUCUCCCCCGAGGAGACUGCCUACGUCCUGGACACUCUGGAACGCGACAGAGGAGACACGAUCCCCGAUGUUCUUACGUGGAAGAAGUUGUUCGACGCUUUCAAUUGGCUCACUCUCGCGUACUCGCUGAUGUUCCUCUGUUCGACCCUCUCGGCAUAUGCUAACGGG